AUGCGAGUGUCAGUAUAUGGGCGUGUCCUACCUCCAUCUCGGGGUGAUAUUUGUGUGGACACUCCCACCAGGCCCCUCGUUCACCAGGAUUAUCAUGUGACAGGUCAGCUGACCCGGAGUAUCUCUUUGGAGUGCGAGGCGCUAGAGGCUAGAGCACAGUUUCUAUUAGUAACUUACUGCAGGAGCUGCACCAGACUGGAGUCACCUACAGGCUCAGGGCUUCCCCAGAGGGGGGCCAGCCAGGCUUCCUCCCUCACCCCCAGGAACAGGCCCUGCAGAACGUCAGUGGGAAUCCGCCGAAAUUGCAACAUUGGAUUUAAAUCUCCGGUUCAGUCUCUCAAUCUGAGCCGGCCUCCCGGAGCCCAUGAGGAUACCCUGGAAAGAGAGAUCUCAGAACUGAAGCAGAAGGAGGCCUCUCUAGAUAAGGAUAUCGCACAACUGGAGGCAGAAGGUUACCAUCUUGCAGAAUUAGACAAGCACAUCUCCCUUCUUCACCAGUACAAUGAGUUAAAGGAUACAGGGCAGAUGUUAUUAGGCCGACUGGCUUUUCUGAGGGGAGUCACCACCAAAGAUCUCUAUGCAGAGUUUGGCAUGGAUUUGGACGAUUAAAGACGAAUGUAGAAUAUAACUACCCCCGCCCCCUUCUUCUUCAUGUCUUAAAGACGAGAACAGUAUGUUAGACUUUGGUGCCUUUUGCAGCACCAGAUCUAGAGUUUCAUACUGCUCAAUAUAUGAGCUAAGGAAAGGGACAAUGCCCUUCAUUAUAAUUUGGUAUAUAUUUUGGGGCCAAUACAGCAGCCUCGGACGUUCUGAGGCAGAUGUAUUAAGCCUGGAGAAGGGAUAAGGAAGUGAUAAAGAAGUGAUAUGUGGAAGGUGAUACCGCACCAGCCAGUCAGAUCCUAAAGGGGGGUACUCACGGGAGAGAUGUGUGCUGAGCGAUCUUAACACUGACCGCUCAGCACACAUCUCUCACCCCGCUCAGCACAGCGCGAUGUGCUGAGCGAGGGGGAAAGCCGACGGGGGGCCGCUCACUCCACACAACGGUGAAGUGAGCGACCCGCUAGAUUGAGCCUGCAUGCAGGCUCAAUCUAGCAUCGGCGAUAGCGAUGCGCGGGGCCGCGCAUCGCUAUCGCUGGAGGGCAUACACACGGCAGAUCCGUGCUUAAAAUCUAAGCAAUCUAGCAAGAUUGCUUAGAUUUUAAGCACGGAUCUCUCCGUGUGUACCCCCCUUAACUGUCAUUUUUCAAAUCCGUAAUGAUUGGCUGGUGUGUUAUCACCUUCCACUUAUUACUGCUUAAUCACUUUUUUAUCCCUUCUCCAGGUUAAUACAUAUGCCCUUCUGUUUGUUGUCAAGCUGUUACCAGGCCGUGCAAGCCAUUGGUUGGUUGAUGGGUAGUUUAACUCCAAUAGGUGGGACAUUGAUGGCUUAGAAUGUUACCAACUAAAAUGUAGGAUUCCUCCCAGUGAAACAAACCUGUGGAAUGGAUUUUAUCAUUUUCAUGUUAAUAAAUAUAUAUAUGAUAGAGAGAAAAUAAAAUCUAAGUAAAUGUG